AUGCCAAUCACAGUGCACCGACACCACGGCCCUUGGGAUCAAUCGACCCGCAAGAUACGACCUCUGAAAUACCUCGAGGACUACAUCUCCGAAGUCACUUCUGAUUUCCGCCUACUCUAUCCCAACACAAAAUACUACAGCCCCGACGCAAUCUUCCACGACAACGCCGCCACGUUCCACGGCGCAAAUGAUAUCAAGGCGAUGAUGAAACUGGUGUUCGGAAAAUUUGAAAAAGCUAGCAUGGAGCCCCGAUAUCUUCAAGUUAUUGAUGAAACGGAGGGAGAAAAGGCUCUCUAUACUGUCAUUGGAGAAUUGAUGGUUAGCUAUUACAUUAAGGGUGAUGCGGAGCCGGUGCUGGCUCCUCGUCUUAUGGUUUUUACGAUUAUGAAUGGAACGGACUCAGAGGCGUAUGAUGGGCUUGUGUUUUCGGAGGUGUAUCUUUCAUGGAAUGUGGGAAUCGUCAAGGAUGAGGUCGCUCGGCGUGCAAAUCUGCGUCAUGAAAAUUGA